CCUGGCCAUCUGCAUCUCAUGCCUGGCACUGGCCUCGGCCUGGAGGAGGAUGCACAAAGCGGGAAAACUGCCCCCGGGCCCGACCCCGUUGCCCUUCAUCGGCAACCUGCUGCAGGUGCGCACCGACGAGACCUUCAAGUCCUUCAUGGAGCUGAAGGAGAAGUACGGGCCAGUGUUCACGGUGUACCUGGGCCCGCGGCGCGUUGUGGUGCUGUGCGGGCACGAGGCUGUCAAGGAGGCACUGGUUGACCAGGCUGAGGAGUUCAGUGGCCGCGGGGAGCUGGCCUCCAUCGAACGCAACUUCAACGGCUUCGGAGUGGCUCUGGCCAACGGGGAGCGGUGGAAGCAGCUGCGCCGGUUCUCGCUCACCACCCUACGCAACUUCGGCAUGGGCAAGCGCAGCAUCGAGGAGCGCAUCCAGGAGGAGGCCCAGUACCUGCUGGAGGAGCUCCGCAAAACCAAAGCCCAGCCCUUCGACCCCACCUUCUACCUGAGCCGCACCGUGUCCAAUGUCAUCAGCUCCGUCGUCUUCGGCAGCCGCUUCGACUACGAGGACAAGCAGUUCCUCGCCCUCCUGCGCAUGAUUAACGAGAGCUUCAUCGAGAUGAGCACGCCCUGGGCCCAGCUCUACGACAUGUACUCGUGCAUCAUGCAGUACCUGCCCGGGCGCCACAACCGUGUCUACUACCUCAUCGAGGACCUCAAGGACUUUAUCGCCGAGCGGGUCCGGGCCAACCAGGCAACCCUGGACCUCAACUCCCCACGGGACUUCAUCGACUGUUUCCUCAUCCAGAUGGAGAAGGAGCGGAAGAACCCGAACAGCGAAUUCAACCUCAAGAACCUGGUCCUGACCACGCUCAACCUGUUCUUCGCCGGCACCGAGACCGUCAGCUCCACCCUGCGCUACGGCUUCCUCUUCCUCAUGAGGUACCCCAAGGUGCAAGAGAAGGUGCACCAAGAGAUCGACCAGGUCAUCGGGCGCAACCGCAUCCCAGCCAGCGAAGACCGCAUGAGCAUGCCCUACACGGAUGCCGUCAUCCAUGAGAUCCAGCGCCUCACGGACAUCGUGCCCAUGGGCGUGCCCCACACCGUCAUCCGGGACACCCAGUUUCGCGGCUACACCCUCCCUAAGGGCACCGAUGUGUUCCCACUGCUGGGCUCUGUCCUGCGGGACCCCAAGUACUUCAGCCAGCCAGACGCCUUCAACCCGGGGCACUUCCUGGAUGAGAAUGGCCGCUUCAAGAAGAACGACGCCUUCGUGCCUUUCUCCUCUGGGAAGCGGGUGUGCCUGGGCGAAGCCAUGGCCCGCAUGGAGCUCUUCCUCUACUUCACCACCAUUCUGCAGAGCUUCUCCCUCCAGUCCCUGGUGCCCCCCAAGGACAUCGACAUCUCCCCCAAGAUCAGCGGCUUCGGCAACAUCCCGCCCACCUACCAGCUCUGCCUGGUGCCACGCUGAGCCCGCCAACCCCUCCUGGAGCUUCGCACGGGGCA